GUCGCAGUUGUAGACUGAACAGAGUCCUCUGCAAUAUUUUUUAAAGCAUGUCUGCUCCUGAAAUCUUCUCUCUCGGUCAAACCCAUAUCACAUCUCAUACUUUCAACGCCGAUCGCAGCCAAGUUGCGGUGAGCUUGAACUCCAGAGAUGUUCAGAUAUUUGCUCGCCAAGGGAACGACUGGACGCCCACUGAAACCCUUUCUGAGCACGACAAGCUCAUCACGUCCAUUGACUGGGCUCCGAAUUCCAAUCGUAUCGUCACUUCCGCCCAGGAUAGAAACGCAUAUGUCUGGCAGCAGACUCCUGACCCACAGACCGGACGCUCGAUCUGGAAGCCUACGCUUGUGCUUCUCCGCAUCAACCGCGCUGCGACGUAUGUGAAGUGGAGUCCCAACGAGGAUAAGUUUGCUGUGGCCAGUGGUGCUCGUGCUAUCGCCAUUUGCUCGUUUGAUCCCGAGGGCGACUGGUGGGUUUCCCGUCUCUUGAAGAAGCCCAUCAGGUCCACAGUUUUUUCCGUCGACUGGCAUCCAAACAAUGUUCUUCUCGCCGCCGGAGGCGCGGACAUGAAAGCCCGUGUCUUCUCCGCUUACAUUAAGGAUGUUGACAAGCGUCCUUCCCCCUCAGUCUGGGGUGAAAAGCUUCCUUUCAACACCAUUUGCGGCGAGUAUGCUAGCUCUUCUGGUGGUUGGGUCCAUUCCGUUGGCUUCUCUCCUUCUGGAGACGCUCUUGCAUUUGCCGGUCACGACAGCUCUGUCACUGUCGUCUACCCUAGCAGCCAGGCUAUCUACCAUAUCAAGAUGACUACGCUGCCUUUGGUCACGUUGACCUGGACUAGCGAGGAGGCACUGGUUGCCGCUGGACACGAUUGCCAGCCCUUCGUGUUCUCUGGGAACGAGGGCGGGUGGCAACUCAUAGGCACGCUGGACGACCCCAACCAGAACAAGACAUCUGGUCGCUCUGGGUCUGGCGGCGCGCCUUCCCCGGUUGGACGCCUCCAAAGCUCCGCGUUCAACUCCUUCCGUAACGCGGAUAGCCGUGGUCUCUCCGGCCCCGGUGCUCCUGACGGCGGCAAGUCAAACGACACUGAGCUCUUCACCGUGCAUCAGAAUACAAUCACUACCAUCAGACCUUACGACGGUGCCCCCGGGGCGGUAUCCAGAGUUAGCACCUCUGGUGUGGAUGGCAAGUUGGUCAUCUGGGAUGCAAGCGCAAUUAGUCCCGUCAGUGUCGGCUCCCUCGCGGGCAAGAUGGGUGGCAUGAGCCUCCGGUAAAUCCACGAUAUGCCUCUCUGUAGCGUAGUGUAAAUUAGAGUGGUCAGCUUUGAUAUGAACGGAUGCUUUUUGCGUG